AAUCGAUUAUAAGAGAAGAUGGUUUUGCCGACAAAUAAUAUAAUUAAUUUCGAUAACCCAAUCUUCUUAUUUCUCUCAGAUCCCAUCAUUCCAUGAACCACCAGCACAUUAUUAAAUUAAAGUAGAGAAUGUGCCCCCACCAUAUAUAAUAAUUUAUCAAUUUCCCUUGCAGAGAAUUUCGUCUCCUCUCGACAAUUUGCUCUCUCUGAAUUGUUACUUACUGUGUGCACGUUACAUAUAUGCAUAAAUAGCACAUGUCCUACUUCCAGCGGUUGGGAGAUAUGAAUUACAUGGCGGAAGAGGCAGAAAUGGUCGAUUUCGUCGAUGAAAUGGAUGGAGGAGCCGCCGCCGGUGUGGAAGAUGUUGAAGCCAAUGAAUACGACUUGGUAGAAUUUACAAAAUUAAUUAAUCUGGAAUUCUUGGUAAAAAAUGAGCAGCUUACCAAGGCUACGGAUACAUCUUCUGGGCAGGCCAGGAAUGGGCAAGACAUACAGGGUAUUCCCUGGGAAAGAUUGAAUAUAACCAGGGAAAAGUACAGAUUGACCAGGCUUGAGCAGUACAAGAAUUAUGAGAACAUUCCGUUAUCCGGCGAAGCUGUCGAUAAGGAGUGCAAACAAAUGGAGAAGGGAGGCUGCUACUAUGAAUUCUUCCAUAAUACUAGAUCGGUUAAGCCCACUAUACUUCAUUUUCAGCUCAGGAACUUGGUUUGGGCCACUUCGAAACAUGAUGUAUAUCUGGUGUCGAAUUAUUCAGUCAUGCACUGGUCAUCCAUAUCUGGCAAUUUGUCCGAGGUCAUCAAUUUUGCAGGACAUGUAGCACCGUCUGAGAAACAUGCUGGAAGUUUGUUAGAAGGUUUCACCCAAACUCAAAUUAGCACUAUAGCAGUCAAAGAUAAUUUUCUUGUUGCUGGAGGCUUCCAAGGAGAGCUUACUUGCAAACGUUUGGAUAAGCAAGGAGUUAGCUUUUGUACCCGCACGACAUACGAUGAUAAUGCCAUCACGAAUGCUAUUGAGAUAUAUGAUGGCAUGAGGGGUGGAAUCAAAUUCAUGGCAUCCAACAAUGAUUGUGGUCUUAGAGAAUAUGACUUGGAGACGUUUCAGCUUUUGAAUCACUUCCGUUUCCCUUGGCCGGUGAAUCACACAUCAAUGAGUCCAGACCGUAGGCUAAUGACAGUUGUCGGAGAUAACUUGGAUGGAUUGCUGGUGGAUUCACAGAGUGGGAAGACUGUAUCAACUGUAGAAGGACAUUCCGAUUAUUCUUUUGCAUCAGCAUGGCACCCAGAUGGACGUGUUUUUGCCACAGGGAAUCAGGAUAAGACUUGCCGGGUGUGGGAUAUAAGAAAGUUGUCAUCGCCUACUGUGAUACUCAAGGGAAACUUGGGUGCGGUUCGUUCAAUUCGUUUCUCAUCAGAUGGCCAAUUCAUGUUCGUAGCUGAACCUGCAGAUUUUGUGCAUGUUUAUAGCACACGAGAUGACUACAGAAAGCGGCAAGAGAUUGAUUUCUUUGGUGAGAUUUCAGGAGUAGCUCUCAGCCCAGAUGAUGAAUCUUUGUCUAUCGGAAUCUGGGACCGGACUUAUGCGAGCUUGCUACAGUAUAACAAAAGACAUAAAUAUGGGUAUCUCGAUUCCUACUUGUGAAUGUGUGUCAAAGCAUCUUCUUCACUAGCUUGCUGCUCAAUCUUGUAUCCACCAUUUUGUGUUGUAUUCAUUAGGUCUGAUUGAAAUCAAAGAUGAGGAUAGAAUAAGACACUCCUCGUUAGAACUUUGCUUAGAGAGCAUGUACAGUAACAUUUUGAUCAUUACAUGAAAUGAAAGACGUCUUCGUCAACUCCAUUUUUCUUUCAA